AUGAAAGAUUUAGUAAGGCUGACUUCAGAACUAGAUCACAUUUCAAAAACAUUGGUUGAAUUACUUAAAAAGAAUCAUGAGAGUUUCAAAUCUUUGUUCAACGUUCAGCUUGAUCUACUAAAACUAUUUGACAAAGAAGUAAAUAAUUUAGAAUCUAUAGGGUACUGUGAUUACGAGGUGGCAUACGUACUGUAUAUGAUCAUUAUUCAAUUGAUCGCCGUUAUGAAAACUAAAUCAAGUCCCAAAACUGCUGACAUAUACAAUGGAAUACAACAAUCAAUCCGAAAGAAGGCAAGCAACUUUAAAAUGGUGUUAGGGUAUUUUAAGAAUGACGAUGAUGAUAAAGAUGAUGACCCCCUUAUCAAUCGAUUCAAAUCUUUGAGUGGAGAAAAAAUACAUACAUCGACUACAACUAAGAAGGAAUUGAUAUAUCAUGAAUGGAUAACCCCUGCUGAACUUGAAACUACACUUUGCGAAAAACAUGUAUUGUUAAUAGACUACAGACUAAAGAAGGAUUAUUUACACAAUCAUAUCAAGUUUGAAAAUUUGAUAAAUAUAGAACCACGACAGAUUGAAUCAUUACCACAAUCUGCGACAGAUUCUGAUUUGGAAGAAGUGUUGAGAAAAUCUUUGUCAGAGAAAGAGUUUCAGAUGUUUUUGGAUAGGAACAAAUUUGAUUUCAUUAUCGUGUAUAAUUAUAACUAUGGUUCGACUUCCAAAGAAAGACUUUAUGGAAUAAUAGAUGUAUUAGAAAACGAAAAUCCAUUCAUUUCUUUGAUAGGAAUAUUGAUGAAUAACAAAUACAUCAGCUCGAGAUUAAAGAUAGCUCCGCUGUUUCUUUCUGGUGGAAUUUUAAAUUGGUAUCAUACUCUUGGUGCGGAUUAUUUGGAGACUACCUCAACGAAAAAUUGUGAUAGCUCAAAUGAAGAAACUCGUUACUUGACUUCAUUUAGUGAUUACCUUUCGAAUUCAAAAGAAAGCCUGCCGUCAGAAAUCAAAAUUGUGAAUGGAAGCAGUAGUGCUUAUAUUAAGCCAGUUCAAAGGAAAAUUGAGCAAUUUGAUCAUUUGCCACCAAAGAGUCCUGCUACGGUAUAUUCAUCAUCCAAAGUUGAAUUACCCUUAACUCCAACUUCAUCCAUACCCAAUUCACCAGCACCUCCCUCGCAGUCAUUGCCAUCAAAUGGGAAGUUACCAAACAAUGUUACUUCCAAAGAUAUUACUAUUUCUUCCAAAAAGUCACAAUUUCUUGAACUGUAUGCCACUGGUUUGGUCAAUUUGGGGAAUUCAUGCUAUAUGAACUGUGUUAUCCAAUGUUUGGCGGCAACUCCACAGCUUACGUCAUUUUUUUUCCCAACAAUAACUGAAUCGUUUUCAGAUAAUUCUUACAAACGCCAUAUAAAUGUGAACAACAAAUUAGGGACAAAGGGAAUGUUAACAACCAGUUUUGUCGAAUUAAUAUUGAGUAUGCUCAACAACAAUGGACGCUCAUUCAGCCCUUCUAAGUUUAAGAAAAUAAUGGGAUCGUUAUCACCAUCUCGACAGUUUGCUUCCUUCGAUCAACAAGACUGUAUUGAAUUCUUGAAUUUUCUUUUGGAUGCACUUCAUGAAGAUCUUAAUCAAGUGUCUAUAGCUGAUCCUCAAGAAAGAAAGAUGAUCACUGAAUUAACCCCUGAGCAGGAAAAAAACAGAGAAAUAUUGCCUGUUCGGUUAGCUUCCACUAUAGAAUGGGAGCGAUAUCUCAAACUAAAUUUCUCUAUUAUUGUUGAUUAUUUCCAAGGGCAAUAUUUAUCGCAAUUGAAAUGUUUAGAAUGUGGAUUUACGUCAACUACGUAUAAUGCGUUUUCGAUCCUUUCACUACCCAUCCCAGAAAAAUUAAAUAAACUGAUGAAAGUUUCUUUGGAUGAAUGCCUUCAGGAAUUUGUGACAACUGAGUUACUUGACGAUAAUAACAAGUGGUAUUGCCCCAAUUGCAAAAGAUUCACCAAACUGACAAAGAAAAUAGCUAUAACUAGACUACCCCAAGUAUUGAUAAUAAAUUUCAAGAGGUUCAAAAUGACAACUACUGGCGGUUUUCAUAAAUUGGAAACUUUCGUGACUUAUCCUGUGGAUAAAGAAUUGGACAUGACUCCUUAUUGGCCAGAUGUUGGGUCUACAAUUAAUGGCAACAACUCAAUGUCCAUAGAAAAGGAAAAAGAGAUUUUAAGUACUUUCCCAGUUAGGAGUCAAGUGCCACCAUUUAAAUAUAAAUUGUUUGGUGUGGCUAAUCAUUACGGUAAUUUGACGACUGGACACUAUACUGCUUAUGUCUACAAGAGUGGUGAUUCAAAGAAGACUAGAAACUGGUGUUACUUUGAUGAUUCUAGAGUUACUUUCAACAAGUCACCAAAUGAUGUAUUGAAUAAAAAUGCCUAUUGUUUAUUCUUUCAGAGAAUAUAA